GAGGGGGUGAACGUGCUGUCACGUUUUUUUUUUUUCGGCGCGCUUUUGACGCUGACGUCACUGAAACCAGAGAACCCGGAGGGAGGAGGAAGGGGAAAGCGGCUGUUCAGCAACCUGGGCUGGUACCUCCUGGGCUACUAUCGUUUCGCCUCUGACAGUUCCCUAACACUCUGCACUUGUUUCUCUCGCCGCUGGAGAUCUCCCAUCUUUUUUUUAUUUUUGGAAAACGAAACCAGAAGGUCUGGAGUAAUGAGACUGGGGGAGUGAAGGAGGCAGGUGUCCCAGUAGAGCAUUGGCAUACCAGUGGGAGGCCAAGCAAGGAUGCUGGAGGCAGAUGCAGACCCAGCAGGUCAAGUAGCAGCAGAGGGAGAAGCGGAGGCAGAAAUGGGGAGCGGAGACAUGAGGUGUGAGGUGGCGAGGCUGACUCUGGAGCUCCAGGAGGCCACAGAGGAGAAGCUACAGGCAGCCCGCUAUGGCCUUGUAGUGCUGGAGGAAAGUGCUGCCCUCAAGAAGAAACACAGGCAGCUGGAAGAGGAGCAUGAAAUCCUGAAAGUUGAGCUUCAGCAGCUCAGAGAGGCAUUUGCAGAUUCUGUGAGCAGCCAAAAGCGUGCAGCUGCGGAUGGAGAGUGCCGGGAGGAGAAUUUGCUGCAGGAGACUGCCACUAAGGAGGCUGCCAUGGCAACCCGCAUAGAGGAAGUCCAGGCGGAGCUCAAGCAAGCACGCCUUGCUCUUGGCAAUGCUCACGCAGAGAUCGAUAGACUGGGGGUGUUCUCCACCCAGCUAAAAAAGGAGUGUGAGUGUCUGGAUGCAGAAAAAGGUCAUAUGAGGGAUGAGAUGAAGGAAUUUAAAGUACGUGAGAUGCGCCAGUUGCAGGACAAUGCUGAGCUGGAGGAGGAAAAUAUAUCUCUGCAAAAACAGGUGUCUGUGCUCAAGGAAAACCAGGUUGAGUUUGAAUCAAUAAAGUUGGAACUGACGCAGAAGAACGAGGAGCAAGAGGAGCUGCGUGGUCAGAUGGAGGAGGCGGAGAGGCUGAGGGAGAUAGCAGAGAGGCAGCUGGAUGAGGCCCUGGAAGCCCUGAAGGAGGAGAGGGAGCAGAAGAACAAUCUACGAAGGGAACUCUCUGCCCUGACCCUAAACCCCUUUGAUUCUGUGGGGAACCUGGAACUCCACCUUGAGCAGCUGGAUGACAGCCAGGAGGAGGGCCAGGGGGGAGAGGGAGAAGGUGAGGGAGAGGACCAGGACAGUGGCAUUAAUAAUGGUCCUGGGUCUGCUCCCGGUUCUGCUCACCCUCCUCACUUGGGGGGCUCAAAAAGUAACGGCCUCAUCCAUCGCUUCUCCACUCCACGCAACAGUGACGUGUUUCUGCGUGCUCCAGCCUCCGGGCUGGUGUCGGACCUGCUUAGUGAGCUGCACUUUUCAGACAGUCAGAAACUAAAGCAGCAACUCCUACAGGCGGAACGCGAAAAGUCCGGUCUGACAAGCAAGGUAGAGGAACUGCAGAUGCAGCUUGUAAUGUCCAAACAGGCACUCAGCCAGCAGGAGGACAAGGUUGGAUCUCUCACCCAGCAACUAGAAACUGUGCAGAGAAGCCAGCAACACAACCAAGAGGCAGACGACAGGGAUGAUGACGAGACGGAGAAUGGAGACAAUGCAGGCUUUGACUAUGAGGUAGACACCAAGAGCAAGGAGGUGCUGGAGGCGCGCAUGCGUUCAGCCAGCGAGGAGCUUCUGAAGCUGCGAGAUGAAUUGUCGCAAGCAGGAACGAGAUACAACACCCUGGAGCAGCGAUACAAGCAGGAGAAGGAUCGUUGGAGGGCAGAGGCCCAGGAGUUGGCCGACAAGAUCCGUCAGUGCAUCAAGUCCAGCAAGCAGGACCAGGAGCGCAUCGGAGACCUGGAGAAGGAGAUCGGAGCCACACGGAAAGUGGCAAUUGAUUCAGAGGGGCACUUGAGUGUUGCCCAGGAGGAGCUGCUGGCCUUCUCUGAGGAGCUGUCCAACCUCUAUCACCACAUCUGUGUGUGCAACAAUCUGACACCCAAACGAGUCACCCUGGACUAUUACCGUGAUGGUGCCAGGGCAAGUGGUGGAGGAGGUAGUGCUCGAAGAUCUCACUACGUAUACCCUCAGCACAGCGCCCAGAAGAAGCCAAAAGCCAAUGAGAUGUUCAACUCUAAAGCUGCAGCGCUGCAGUUUAUGGGUGAGGUGGACAGUGCAGGAACCAGCACAGAAUCUCCAAGCUGCCCUGGAUCACCCACCCUGGAUUUCAGGGACCCCUCUAAUGUUCGCAACUUGGUUGCUGUCAUCCGCUGCCAGAUAAAACACCUCCGGGUGGCAGUGGACCUCUGUCGUCAGAGGGGCGCGAUGCCUUACUCCGGGUUGAGCAGCAGUGGAGAGUCAGAGCGGGAUGCUGAAAGCCUCCUGGAAGAAGUGCUAAAACUCAAGUCCCUUCUCAGCACCAAGAGAGAACAGAUAGCGACGCUCAGGACGGUCCUCAAGGCUAACAAACAGACUGCAGAGUUGGCUCUGUCCAAUUUAAAAACCAAGUAUGAGACGGAGAAGAGCAUGGUGUCAGAGACCAUGAUGAAACUGCGGAACGAGCUCAAAGCCUUGAAGGAGGAUGCUGCUACCUUUUCGUCACUGCGAGUCAUGUUUGCCAGUCGGUGUGACCAGUAUGUCACCCAGUUGGAUGAGAUGCAGAGGCAGCUGGCAGCGGCCGAGGAUGAGAAGAAGACACUGAAUUCUCUGCUGCGUAUGGCCAUACAGCAGAAGUUGGCUCUCACUCAGCGCUUGGAGGACCUGGAGGCCCCAAUGUCACCCCACAGCUUGAACAGCAGUCCCCGCCGCUCCCGCGCCAAAGAACUGGCUGCCAAGUCAGGCCGGGCCCCACGCAGCCCUAGAAGCAGUCCUGCACGCCCCACACUGAGGAGCAGUCCACGAGCCAGCCCGGUUCUUGGCAGCAGCGUUCCGGCCAUGGCCACGCACCACCUGAGGAGUCUGACCAGAAGCCUCCACACGAGCCCCCGCUGAAACGCUCCUUCCAUUACUUCAAACCCCCUCGUCUCCAUAAGGACCUGUCUUCAUGUUGACUCCCCGGCUCCCUCCUCCUCCUUUUCCUGACUCAAGACAUCCUGUCCAUCCCAGAUAUGAUGCAACAUUCCCCACUAUAACUUCAGAUCCAUGGAUUGUUUUUAAAAGUAAAAAAACAAAAAAGACAAAAAACAAAUUCUCUCAUCCCGCCCUCCCUCUUGGUUUUUGUCUGCUUGGAGCGGAGAAACCUGCAUGCAGCCUGGAGAAGGAUGAAGAGACAAAUGUGCUGCUCAUUCCUCUGUGAAGUCAUUGACUGUGUCUUGUCCCGAGUGGAACAAACUUCCAUCUGGUCUUGUUCAAGACUUUGUGUUGUGGUGAACCAUUGACAGUAUUUAUUCCGGAAACUUGUCAUGUACAGCAUUUCCUUUCCUCCGACUUUGAUUUAAAGCUAUGAUGUGUUUUAAGGCUACAAAUCUUACUCUUUUUGCCUUCUGGCGUGCACCCUGGUCAGGCCUGUCUGGCAUCGUAGCUGGCAUUGUAGUGUCAGUAAGCAAUUAGGUCAUCUGUGAUAGCUCACCCAGGUAGUUGUUUUUAUAGAACAGUGCCGCCUUACUUACAGACUUACAAUCCUAUGAGUAGAGAGCUUGCUUUUGUCUUGAGGUUCCUCCUUUUCACAGUUUCACGCCCCUUUAUAAUCCUGUGAUGAAUCUGGCUCUUCAGCCACACCCUUUAACUCGAGGUCAGUAAACACACCAUUUGAUGUAUGGUAAUAAAUCAGCCAUAAAUUCACCACCUCAGGUCAAAUGCAGAUUAAACAAAUACAGGAUUUGGGUGAUCUUAAAUGUGCAUUUUACUUUGCAAUCUAUGCAGACCACGUCGAGACAGUGCCUGUAACCUCCUGCUCUUUAGGAUCAGGGUGGCUUUUGAAUCUUACCGCCAUUUGCAGUUUUCAGUGGCUGUUUCGCAACAGCCGUUUAGCAUCUGUCAAAGCAGGAGGGUUUGCAGAUCAUGGGGCGGUGCUAACUGGCGUUUGCUGAAGUAUCGUAUUUUCAGUAAAAAGUACUUUUCCCACUUUUGGGGCCGUUGGAGUCAAAAUCACUGUCUCGCAUUAAAUAAGAAUUUAAGUGGCUUGGUUUGCCUAAAACUUUAAUGUAGGGCCAUGGUCAUGUCUCCUAACUACAUAACCUUCGUCAUAACAGGCCUCAUUCAGCUUCCGCUUGUCCUGGCUCCUUUGGGCAGCCAAGCAACAAAGUCAAUGUUGUGUAUUUCAUCCCUCCAUGUCAACUUGCUUUUUUUGUGCUAUCAAAGUAAGCAUGUCGUGAUGGACUAGUGUUAGCCACUGAGAGCUAGUUUUCUUCCCUUGUGGCUAAAUUAUCCAGUGUUUACAUUUAGAAACGCUAAUAGUGCUAGCAGGCUGCUGUUUGUGUUGCUGCUUUUAGAAAAAAACUAAAUGAUAAUAUUGUCCCAUCAUUUUGAAAAGCAUUGCACAGUGCUUUAACUCUAGCGGCACGUUAUGACUUGAAAAACUAAUAAUCUAAAGAGAACAAAAUGUAACGAACAAUUAACUCCCAACAUGACAUUGCUUAGCUAGUCAAAGCUGCAGAAAAGAAACUAAAUGAACAUGUAUCUGUUGAUACAACACAGUUUGCUUUUAGAGUAGGUAGAUGCCAGGGCUCUGUAUGUAGGAUAGCAGCACUUAGAGUAGGUUAACAUUGGAACUUGAACAACACCUCUUUCAUUGAAUGCAGUUUAUAUUCAAAUUAAAUGAACCUGUUGAGAUCAAUCAUAUUGGGGAAAAACGCUGUUUGGAAACUGAUUUAAAUGUUGAAAUUACUGAAUGAAAGCUCAAUAGAAGCAGUGUCUCAAUGGAAGACGCUGCAUCCUGCUGACUGAUUUUUUUUAUUUUUGUUUUGAGUGCCUUGGUUUUGAUCUUGUCUGUUGUUUUAAUGCUGCAUCACAUUUUCCAACCAGAGGUAUUCGACACUGUAGUUGUGAUGUAUUUGAAGAUUUGUUUGAGGAAACUCAUUAUGCAGUGUUAGCACUGGAUUAGGUGGUAUCUCAUUGUGGGAAAAUGUUUUCACUUUUUAGCUUGCAUGAGUUGUUUGAACUUUCAUAAUGAAUCUGCACUGCUGGCUCCCCCUGAAAAUAAUGGUCAACUUUUGAUUUGUUUUUCUGAACUGUUACUGUGAGGAGAGUUACAGUACAGGAAUAAUUCAUGCAGGUAAUUAGGAACAUAAUGCAUUGCACACACUAUGUGUUAUGUUACAGUAAGGUUUUAAAGUGGUACAUCCACUUUUUAGACUGCAGGGGGAGAUGGCCUGAUUAUGUUUGACUGUUCAUGCGCUCGUGCCGAAAAGUGGAAAUGCUUUACCAUUAUGUUGUAUCGCUUUGAAGGUUGUAAAUGGAUUUAUUCAUCUAUUUAAUUCACUCUGUGCAGAUGUGUGUUUAAUUUAAUUACCUCUGUUGUAUAAUAUUUUAACUUCUAUUUAUGUGGUCUGCAUUCUGUGUAAAUUGAUCUUGAGGACGACAUGCACACACUCCGCAUAACACACGUGAUGGUCCUCAACUUCUUAUGUGUUUGCAAGUUCCUUUCAUUGACCUGUGAACCACUUUCAUCAUGAAGAAUAAAACAAGCCAACACUGUA